CGGCGGAGCGGCUCAUGUACGGGCGCGGGCCUGCUCCAGGUCCUGGGUCCGGGCCGCCGCGGGGGGCCGCUAUAGGGGGGGAGGGGGCCUCGGGCCUGGGCCUCCUCCGCCUCCUCCUCCUCCUCCGCCGGCGGCGGCGGCGCCUCCCGGGCCGGGCAGGGCAGGGUUCCCGGCCUGGACGUCAGUCGGUCGGGCCGGAGGGUCCGCGGCAGGUCUGGUUCGGCCGCUGCCGCCGCUGCUGCUCCUGCUCCUGCUCCUGCUCCGCCGCCCGGCUCCGCCGCUGCCCUCCUCGCGCCCCUCGCGCCCGGCCCUCGCGCUCCCGCUCGCGCUCCCGCUCUCGCUCUCGCGCUCGUCCUCUCGCGUCCGCCCUCGCGCCCCCGGCCUCGCGCCCGGCCUGGCUCCCGCCGCUGCAGCCGCCGCCUCCGUCCGCCCCUCAGAUCCCUCCAGCCAUCGGAGAUGGGCGCGGCGGGGGCCCCUGCCCGCAGCCUCGGGAAACCCCACGCACCGCCCAGCCCGCCCCCGCCCACCAGCCCCCUCCCUCUCCCCCUCCGCGCCGCCCCCGCCCUCGCCCGCCCCAGUGCACAGCGCAUGCGCUGUGCCCGCCAGCCGGCAUGGGAGCGAACCCAGUUCGGUCUACGGCUCCUUCUCCAUUCUUCUCCGCCCCCGCCCCUCCCGGACCCCCUCCACCGGCCACCGCCCUGAGCGCGGGAGGGGGAGGGGAGAGGAUGAGGGAGGGCGCCGGAGAGGGCAUUUAG